UGAGCUUCCACAGGCGUUGGACGUUGAGUUGUGUACUUGAAGUGAUCUUUACAAUUUUGCGUAGGUCAAGUCAUCCUGGUCCUGAACCGGUCUAUAAGGAUCGGAACAAAAUGAACUGGGUCGUAGCCUCAUUCAGCCUUGUGAUCGUCUGCUUGGCUUCAAGUAGUAGCGGUGCGCAGAUCACCGUUGUGGCUCCUCCUGGCUUAGUCCAAGCCGAAGAACGCGUCAAGGAGCUCGUGGUACUCUUCUCUGACAUAAAAAGCAGCAUGCGGCCUCGCCAUUGCGCCGACCAACUGCAGGUGGGUCAAACGACAAGUGGCCUCUACAACAUAUUUGUCGGGAGAGAAGACGGCCAAGGAAAAGUCGUGUACUGCGACAUGGUCACAGACGGAGGAGGCUGGACGGUAAUCCAGAGACGAGGACAGUUUGGUAACAGCGUGUACUACUUUUACCGAAACUGGACCGAGUACGCCAACGGAUUUGGAGACCCUGCUAAAGAAUAUUGGUUCGGCAACAGAGCACUGCACGCCUUGACGUCGAAUGGAGAAAACAUGGAGCUGCGAGUUAUUCUGACAAACCACACAGGGGAAAGCGUUUCUAUUGACUACGAGAUCUUCAAAGUUGCCUCAGAGAAAAAACGUUUCAAGUUGCGCCUAGGCGCGUACCUGGGACCUCGUGGCUGGGACUCUCUCUACAACUGCAACGGCAGUGAGUUUUCCACUUUCGACCAGGACCACGACAGCGCUGAAGUCAACUGCGCGAAGACGUACCGCGGUGGCUGGUGGUACAACAACUGCCACUCGGCAAACCUGAACGGCCUGAACCUGAACGGUCCGCACGACAGCUACGCCGACGGCAUCGACUGGAGCAUCCGGAAUGGCACUGGUUUCCUGUACCACUACUCGUAUCCCAGUGUGACGAUCAUGGCGAGACCCGCGACACUGUAUACAAAUCGUGAAAGCGGCUACCUGUGAGGGAAUUCAGUUGCGUGAAAAAAAUCAUUACCGAAAGAAAAUUAUAUACGCUGGGGCGUAA